UGGCGGGGGAGGGAACCAGACUGAAAAAAGCUUGACCUACAAAAAAUUCUGUAAACAAACAUGGCGCUGUCCAGUAAGCAGAUGGAGCAGUUUGAGAGAGAUGGUUACUUGUUAGUAGAGGAUUUCAUCACACCAGAGGAAUGUAACAGUCUGUUGUCAGCCUGCCAUGAUCUUGUGGAUGAUAUGAAGCCAGAGGAACACAAUACAGUAUUCACUACUUUAGAGAUGAAAAGGACCUCUGAUGAUUAUUUUAUGACAAGUGGAGACAAGAUCAGAUUCUUCUUUGAGGAUGGCGCCAAAGACAAAGAUGGUAAUCUGCUUGUGGAUAAACACAAAUCAUUAAAUAAAAUAGGACAUGCCCUCCACAUUCUUCACCCAGCUUUCCGCAAAAUCACCUUCGACAACAAGGUCAAGGAUGUUGGGAAGAGUUUAAAGUUAGAAGAUCCUGUAAUUUGUCAGAGCAUGUACAUCUUCAAGCAACCAGGAAUUGGAGGAGAGGUGGUUCCUCAUCAAGAUGCCACUUUCCUGCACACAACCCCAAUGAAACUCUAUGGAGUUUGGAUUGCCUUGGAAGAUGCCACAUUGGAAAACGGUUGUCUCUGGUUCAUUCCUGGUUCACACAAAGAUGGUUUAAAUGGUGGCAGGCAGAUGAUCAGGAAUCCAGACCAAGGUGAAGGUCAGCCCCAGACUGUGUUUACAGCGCCACCUGUCAAGUAUGAUGACAGCAAAUUUAUUCCAGUACCAGUUAAAAAAGGUAGUAUGGUAAUCAUCCAUGGAGAAGUUGUUCACAAGAGUGAACAGAACAAGUCAGCUAAGUCUCGUCAGAUCUACACGUUUCACAUGUUUGACCAGAAAAACACAACCUACAGCAACCAAAACUGGUUACAACCUACCACAGACGUGCCAUUUACACCGUUAUAUCCUACACCACCUGCCUAACUGUGCCAUCUAAAUGACCACCACUGUGGGUGCCACCUAUUAGGAUACUGGCAACAUCACAAUUAUCCAGCCAGUACAUACUCUUCAAGAGAGACGAACACAAUAUCUAUAUAUAUUUACUCCACAAUAUCUAUAUAUUUAUCUAGAUUUACUCAUUGAUUUUUUAAAAUUCUUUGCUUUUAAUUUUUUCCCCACAUACAAUUGCAUCCCUGCAGCUUUUACCAAUACUGGCAGUAUAUGAUCAAUUCCAUUGAUUAUCAUGUAUAAUAAUUAACUUAAUUAUGCAGUUAUAUUUAUAUAUAUUAGCUUUUAAUUGAUUUUUACUUCCAAUAACCCAGGAUGGAUACUAUGUAAAGAAUCAGACACAAGAGAGAUUGAUUGAUUGAUUGAUUUAUUGUUUAUUCUCUGACCUAUUAUUGAGAAAUCUUGUAUCCAAUACAAAUCUUGAAAAUGAACUAGUUGUUCAUUUUACAAUCAAUAACUAUUUUGCAUAAGAAACAUUACUGUAAAACUUGUUAUUCCAGACAGUGUACAUGUUUUUUACCAAUGAGGGAAAUAAAAUGGAAAUCUUGAUAAAAGAAAA